GGCGACGGGACGCCAACAGAGCCCGGCUCGGCUUGUACUUUUCUUUCAAGAAACUCUUGGUGGCUACCAGUGUGGACUUGUUUGGAGUUUUCCUGAAUCGAUACAGGAGAACCGAGAAUCUCCAGUGGGUUGCGUUCAAAGCGGCGUGGCUCAUAGAGGAUCAUUUACAUUUGUCUUCCAAGUCGAAGACUCCACCCUCCGCUCACCCCCAUUCCACUCACAACCCCUCCCCACCUCUGCUCUUUGCGCCACACACACACCUGAGACAGAGCACGAAAUGCAUUCCAAGCCUGAUGCUGAUGCUGACCCACUGGGAGGACUCGGGCAAGUCACCCUCUUGGAUCCUAAGGGCUUUUUUUCUUUUUUUCCUGUGAGAUGGGUGACAAACGCUAGAGUUGGAUUACAUCAAUGGUUCCCAAAUUUAAGCAACAGAAUGAAGGGAAAUUGAAAAAUACAGAUUUGGGCUGGGCUUGGUGGCUCACCCAUGUAAUCCCAUUGCUUUGGGAAGCCUAGGAGGGAGGAUGGCCUGAGCCCAGGAGUUUGAGACCAGCAUGGGCAACAUGGUGAGGUCUCAUCUCUACCAAAAAUUUAAAAAAUUACCCAGGUGUGCUGGCACACACCUGUGGUCCCAGCUAUGGGGGAGGCUGAGGCAGGAGGAUCACUUGAGGAGGUUGAGACUACAAUGAGCCGUGUUUCAGCAACUACAUUCCAGUCUGGAUGACAGAAUGAGACCAUGUGCCAAAAAAAGAAAAACGAAGAUUCACAGGACUCACCCCAGACUCACUAAAUCAGAAUAUCUGGAAAUGGCAUCUGAGGCUCUCCUUUUUUUUUUUUUUUUAAGAGACGGAGUCUUGCUCUGAUAAUGACAUGAGCCACCUCACCAGGCCAGAUGCUGCAUUUUUAAAAAUCCCCUUACCCACCCACCCACAACUUGGUGAAAAAGUUCAAACCUACAGAAAAGUUGAAAGUCGAAAGAAGAAUACAAUGAAAAUACAUAUAGGCUUCACCUAGAUUCGGUUAGAUUUUGAAGGGAAGGGGAGGGUUAAAGAAAGAGUGGCGGCUGUACAGCAAAUUCAGGCUUUAUGUCCAGCAUGAGACCUACAGAGAUGGGAGACCAACUUAUGCCAGUGCCUACCGCUGCUUACAGGCUGGGGAAAUUAUAGGCCUGGGCGGGGAGGGGCCCGGCGGGUAUGGCCUGCUGCCCGGGAAGAUGUUGAUAAGGUAUUCCCAUGAUGAGGCAGUUUGGCCCUUGUUCUGGUGGAAUGUGAUGUUCCUGUCACUUUCUCCCAGCAGAAUAUGAUAAGAGGCAGGCUGUUUCUCACCGCCUGAACCCCCGUGGAAUGUUUCACUUUAACCAAGGUCUGCAAAAUGGCAGGGGGCUUACAAAAUGGUGCAGUUUGGACUAACAGAUUCACCCGUCCCCAGCACUGGUCACAUUUUCUUGCUCUCUCUCUGUGAGCAUGCACAUACACACAUUACAGAAUCACCUGAAAAAUAUCUGUCAACACCAUAUUUAACCCUAAGUACGUCAUCAUGUAGCAAGGACAUUCCCAUGUGUAACUACAAUGUCAUUAUCAUGUCCGAAGAUUUUAAUGUGAUACAAUAGUGUUUAAUAUAAAAUCCAUUGCAAAGUUGAGAUGCUGCAUUUGAAAAAAAAAAAAAAAAAGCUUCCCAGGUGAUUGGUGCAGUUGGAGGAGGAUUGGAAACCACUACUGGAGUUUUCCUGAAUCGAUACUGGAUGAUAUCUAAUCUCUCCUCUAGUGCCAGCCUUUUGUGGGUUCAUUCAUGCAUCACUAACACCACAAGGCUCUGGGUAAGUAGGGUCACCACAGAACACGUGACACCAAUGACGGACCUGGACUUCAAGGCCUUCCAUAUCAACAGUGGACAACACCACAUUUACAGACUUCUCCAGACGGAGCUCCAACUGCACGUCCACAUCCCAGAGCAGCCCUUGCAUGGCAACAUGAGUACAUAUAUAGGCUCAUCCUUUCUCCAACCUGCUUCCCUUCCAGACUUUCACAGAAGCAUAGGUUGUGCAUUUUUUAAUCAAAGCCACUUGGCAGAUCACAUAGAAGUCAGGUGGAACAGUGAGGGGCAAGAUAGUGGAGUAGUAGAAAGAGCAUAGGUCUGAUUUCUGGCUGGCUCAUUUAAGUCACCUUGGACAAGUUACUGUAAACCCAGGUUUCUCAUCCACAAGGUGGGGCUAAUAAUACCUCAUUACAAGGAUUAAGUGAGAAAACUUGUUGCCUAUAUCGUAUAUGUUCACUAUCCAAAAAGGUUAAACGUUUGGUUGGUAAAUAUAAUGGCCUCGAAUUGAUGGCCAGGUUAAAGCUGCCCUUUUGGCUAAGUCUCUUCAGGACUCUGUUGAAAUGGGAAGACUGGGAUAGAUCUCCAAAGCUCCUGCUAACUCUAAACUUCUGAGACUUCAUCCAAGCUUAACAUCCAUCAGCCUCUGCACCAGAUAGCCCCUGCAGACCUCUGACUUCCUCUCCCACCCCCUCCCCUGCAUUCACAUGCAUUCACUUAGGCUGGGCGUGUGCGACCUGUCUGUCACCCUGUAGGUUCACUGUGUGGAUUCACUCUGUGCUCCAGCUGCUCUGGCCUUGUCCCAGGUCCUCCAGCAACCAAGUUCAGGACUUUUGCACUCACUUCCAGCCUGGAACACUCUUCUGCCUAGAUUUUUUGCCUGCCCUUUCCAUUUAGAACUCAGUUCAAAUGUCACUCCUCAGUGAGCCCUCUCUUACAUCUAAAGUAGCACCCACCGUCCCCUAGUCACUCUCCAUCACGUCACCCUGUUUUAUUUUCCUUACAAGAUAAUCUGAAAUUAUCUUAGUUGAUUUGUCAUCUGUCUUCCCAAGUUGUUCCUGGAGUUCACCAAAAACUGGAAUAAAUGGAAUGCACGCAUGCAUUAGUACGUCAAUGGAGGGGGAUUUUGUCCUACUUUCUUCGUUUCAGGAGCACUCUCUACCCCACCUGACCUCUAAAGGACCCAGAAGGAAAAUGGGUAGGCAAAUGUGCGCGCCUCCAAGGCCUAGCGGCAGCCGUGUUACCAUGGCAGCAUGACGCCGAGGGGGCCGGAAGGCGACGCACUACUACUUCCGCUUCCUCAACAGCAGCACUUCCGGGUUGGGAGAAAGGUGGCGGUGCUUUCGGAGGGAAUAAAAUGGAAGGAGAAUCAAGCAGAUUUGAAAUCCAUACUCCAGUUUCUGACAAGAAAAAGAAAAAGUGUUCUAUACAUAAGGAAAGACCUCAGAAACAUUCCCACGAAAUUUUCAGAGACUCCUCCCUGGUGAAUGAACAGUCUCAAAUAACUAGGAGGAAAAAGAGGAAAAAAGAUUUCCAGCAUCUCAUUUCUUCUCCUUUGAAAAAAUCCAGAAUCUGUGAUGAGACUGCAAAUGCCACUUCCACACUCAAAAAGAGAAAAAAGAGAAGAUACAGUGCUUUGGAGGUGGAUGAGGAAGCAGGUGUUACAGUUGUCCUUGUGGAUAAAGAAAAUAUUAACAACACACCAAAGCAUUUUAGAAAGGAUGUUGAUGUUGUUUGUGUUGAUAUGAGCAUAGAACAGAAGUUACCAAGAAAGCCUAAAACAGACAAAUUUCAGGUACUUGCUAAGUCACAUGCACAUAAAUCAGAGGCAUUGCACAGUAAAGUUAGGGAGAAAAAGAAUAAAAAGCAUCAGAGGAAAGCUGCAUCCUGGGAGAGCCAGCGGGCAAGGGACACCCUGCCUCAGUCAGAAUCCCACCAGGAGGAGUCCUGGCUUUCUGUGGGUCCAGGGGGUGAAAUUACAGAACUACCAGCAUCUGCUCAUAAAAACAAGUCUAAGAAAAAAAAGAAAAAGUCCAGUAACCAGGAAUAUGAGACACUGGCCAUGCCUGAAGGAUCGCAAGCAGGCAGAGAGGCUGGGACUGAUACGCAGGAAUCCCAGCCUACUGUGGGCUUGGAUGAUGAAACUCCACAACUACUAGGACCUGCUCACAAAAAAAAGUCUAAGAAAAAAAAGAAGAAAAAGUCCAAUCACCAGGAAUUUGAGGCAUUGGCCAUGCCUGAAGGAUCACAAGUGGGCACUGAGGUUGGCGCUGAUAUGCAGGAAUCCCGGCCUGCUGUGGGCCUGCAUGGUGAAACUGCAGAAAUACCAGCACCUGCUUAUAAAAACAAGUCUAAGAAAAAAAAGAAAAAGUCCAAUCACCAGGAAUUUGAGGCAGUGGCCAUGCCUGAGAGCCUCGAGAGUGCAUACCCUGAAGGAUCACAGGUGGGCAGUGAGGUUGGGACUGUGGAAGGCAGUACGGCUCUUAAAAGGUUCAAGGAAUCCAACAGUACAAAGAAGAAGUCUAAGAAAAGGAAGCUUACGUCUGUCAAAAGGGCACGAGUGUCUGGUGAUGAUUUUUCAGUGCCCAGUAAGAACUCUGAGAGCACACUCUUUGAUUCAGUAGAAGGUGAUGGCGCCAUGAUGGAAGAAGGUGUGAAAUCUAGGCCCCGACAAAAGAAAACCCAGGCCUGUUCGGCAAGCAAGCACGUGCAAGAGGCACCAAGGUUAGAACCUGCAAAUGAAGAACACAAUGUGGAAACAGCUGAAGAUUCCGAAACAAGAUAUUUAUCUGCAGAUUCAGGAGAUGCCGAUGAUUCCGAUGCGGAUUUGGGUUCUGCCGUGAAACAGCUUCAGGAGUUCAUUCCUAACAUCAAGGACAGGGCCACCAGCACAAUCAAGCGGAUGUACCGGGACGACUUGGAACGGUUUAAGGAAUUUAAAGCACAAGGUGUCGCUAUUAAAUUUGGCAAGUUUUCUGUAAAGGAAAAUAAGCAGUUAGAGAAAAAUGUGGAAGACUUUCUAGCCCUGACAGGCAUUGAGAAUGCAGACAAGCUGCUGUACACGGACAGAUAUCCUGAGGAAAAAUCUGUGAUCACCAACUUAAAAAGGAGAUACUCGUUUAGAUUACACAUUGGUAGGAACAUUGCCCGUCCCUGGAAACUUAUAUACUAUCGAGCAAAGAAGAUGUUCGAUGUCAACAAUUACAAAGGCAGGUAUAGCGAAGGAGAUACUGAGAAGUUAAAGAUGUACCAUUCCCUCCUUGGGAAUGACUGGAAGACGAUUGGUGAGAUGGUGGCCCGAAGUAGCCUCUCCGUGGCCCUCAAGUUCUCACAGAUCAGCAGUCAAAGAAAUCGUGGUGCUUGGAGUAAGUCUGAAACCCGGAAACUAAUCAAGGCUGUCGAAGAAGUGAUUCUGAAGAAGAUGUCUCCCCAGGAGUUAAAAGAGGUGGAUUCCAAACUCCAAGAAAAUCCUGAAAGUUGCCUAUCAAUUGUUCGGGAAAAACUCUACAAGGGCAUAUCUUGGGUAGAAGUAGAAGCUAAAGUGCAAACCAGAAAUUGGAUGCAGUGUAAAAGUAAGUGGACAGAAAUUCUAACCAAGAGGAUGACUAAUGGCCGGCGUAUAUACUAUGGCAUGAAUGCCCUGCGGGCCAAGGUCAGCCUUAUUGAAAGGUUGUAUGAAAUAAAUGUGGAAGAUACUAAUGAAAUAGACUGGGAAGAUCUUGCUAGUGCCAUAGGUGAUGUUCCUCCAUCUUACGUUCAAACUAAAUUUUCUAGGCUGAAAGCUGUCUAUGUUCCAUUUUGGCAGAAAAAGACUUUUCCAGAGAUCAUCGACUACCUUUAUGAGACGACUCUACCUUUGCUGAAGGAAAAGUUAGAAAAAAUGAUGGAGAAAAAAGGCACUAAAAUCCAGACUCCUGCAGCACCCAAGCAAGUUUUCCCAUUUCGAGACAUCUUUUAUUAUGAAGACGAUAGUGAAGGAGAGGACAUAGAAAAAGAAAGCGAAGGCCAGGCGCCAUGCGUGGCUCACGCCUGUAAUUCCAGUACUUUGGGAGGCCAAGGCCGGUGGAUCAUCUGAGGUCAGGAGUUCGAGACCGGCCUGACCAACAUGGUGAAGACCUGUCACUAUUAAAAAUGCGAAAAUUAGCCGGGUGUGGUAGUGCACACCUGUAAUUUCAACUACUUGGGAGGCUGAGGCAGGAGAAUUGCUUGAACCCAGAAGGUGGAGGUUGCAGUGAGCCAAGAUCACACCACCACAUGAGAGAGAGAGAUUACUAUUUCUUGUCCCUUUUUCUCAGUUUGAUUAUAUUUAUAUACAUAUGUCAGUAAAUCUGUUUUCAGUAUUGAUGUUUAAUAAAGAAUGUACAAUGGCCA